CCCACAAAGGAGGAAGAAGAGGGAUAAUCUAAAGGAGAGAGAGAGAGAGAGAGAGAGAGAGAGGCCGAACAAGGAAGGAGAAAUGGGCGGUCGAGAUCGAGAGGUGUGUGAGAGCUGCGUGGAGAGCAUGAUCAUAGAGAUGGUGUCCGCCUACUCCAAUCGCUUCUACUCCUCCAAGCCCGAGAUCGCUGCUCGUAGAAUCGAAGCCAUCGGUUUCCAGGUGGGGCACCAGCUCUCCGAAAGGUAUACGAUGGAGCGGCCUCGAUUUAGUGAUCAUCUAGAGGCAAUCAAGUUCAUCUGCAAGGAUUUCUGGUCAGAACUUUUCAAGAAACAAAUUGACAACCUGAAAACCAACCAUAGGGGUACUUUCGUUUUGCAAGAUAAUCGGUUCCGAUGGCUCACCCGUGUGUCGAUCGAACCAUCCCCAGCAAACACAGAUUUAUCUCAGGAUGACUCGUCUCCACCACCCGAUGAUAGUAAGGUAGCACAAGCAACAAGCAUGCAUCUCUACUUCCCAUGUGGGAUCAUAAGGGGAGCACUUACAAAUCUGGGAAUCCCGUGUGCAGUAUCUGCUGAUAUGUCCAACCUUCCAGCAUGUUCGUUUGUGAUCCGUAUAAAGGCUUGAAGUAUGUUCAUGUCAAAAGAAAAACAAACAAGAAUGCCUAUGCCUGUACCUUCCUUUCUUUUUCUUUUUUGUAAUAAAUAUUUUAUUUAGGAACUGAAGAACUCCAAUUUACUCAUUUGCUGCGGGCUUUGUGAUUCCGCAUGUGGUUAGUCAUUUGUGAUGUGCCUAUGAAUUUCAGUUUGCCAAUGCUUCA